AUGGAAGGCACUCACUGCACCCUCCAAUUGCAUAAGCCCAUUACCGAACUCUGCUACAUCAGCUUCUAUCUUCCAAGAGGGGAAGUCAGAGGAUUUUCAUACAAGGGCACUGUAACUCUAGACAGAUCCAGUAAAGGUUUUCAUAACUGCUACCAAGUCAGGGAGGGGCCAGACAUCGUCAGCCUCAGCCAGGAGCCGAGCGAACAUCCAGGUGACAUAUUUUUCAAGCAGACUCCCACGAAAGACAUUCUAACUGAGCUGUACAAACUCACGACAGAGAGAGAGAGACUGCUGGCCAAUCUGCUGAGCUCAGACCACAUCCUGGGGAUUACCAUGGGGAACCACGAGGGGAAGCUGCCGGAGCUGUCCGUGAGCCUGGCCUCCGAGGACGACUGCUUCCAGAGUGCCGGCGAGUGGCCGGGGGAGCUCCCCGUGGGCUCUCUCAAUAAGAGGAGUGCCCACAGGAACAAAAAGGCCCGGAGAUUUGGUGGCAGAAGAGAGAACUUUGAGGCGCUCCUGCAGAAGAGGACACGAAGGAAAGGGCAUGGGGGCCAGGAAUCAGCUCCUCAGAUGGGGAAGGACCAGAUCUGUUUCAGCAACUCCCUUCCUCGUUCUCAAGCAAGGCCUAAUCUUUGGCUCCUAGAGGAGAGAGGAAACUUGCUCCCAAAUGGGGCACUUACCUCUUCUCUGCAGAGAAGAGAGAGCUGUCCCCCAGAUAUCUCCAGGACACUGGAAGCAGAUCUUGGAUUUGGGAACUUUGGGACGGCUUCCAAGGACACUGGGCUUGGAAGGGGAACCCCACCCGCUGACUUCAGCUCCACAGAGUCAGGAGACGGUGGCAUUCUGGAGCCACUGAGGAGGCCUCAUGGGCUGGAGCAUCAGCAAACAGGUUUGCCUGGAAGUCACCAGGACCCAGAGAAGCAUCCCGAGGCCAAGAGGGAGGGGACAGAGAAGUGGGCUGAGCGGACUUGUGAGAAGAAACCUGUUUCCAAAGUGGUGGCCAAGGUCCAGGAUCUGUCCUCCCAGGUACAAAGAGUAGUUAAAACACAUCCUGAGGCUGAGGAAACGAUUGCCAUUUGCCCCGCAGCCCAAGUUGAGUUUAUACCCAAAGUGGACUUGCUCACCCUCCCUGUAGCCGAGGCUGGGGUUCGUGGUCCCAGGCGGCAGGGCAAGGAGCAGCAAGGGCAUGGGCCCUUGCAGUCAUCAGCCAGUGAAAGAGCCUCCAUUUCGACUGCGUCAGCCAGCGCUGAGGGGGCUGUGAACAAGGUCCUCCUGAAGGUGAUAGAGAGUGAGAAGUUAGAUGAAGCCACCGAGGGGAAAAGGCUGGGCUUCCCGCUCAGCAAGACAGCCACCCACACCGUCCCAGAAACCAGAAGCAAGAAGAGAGCUGGGCUGCCCCCAAGUGGCUGCAAAUCUUUGUUCCUGGAUCUUCCCCAUGGUGUAGAUACCGGCUCCUCACAACCCAGAGGUAAUGAGAAGAGGCCUUCCCUCCCAGCACCAGCAGCUCACGGCGUGGCAUUUAAUAAUUCAUCCCCUCAGUCUAGCACACGCAAACGGACGUCACCUGUUCCCUCUCCUCUGUCUCCGAGAGUCCCCAGCCCUCAGCAGCAUCGUAGGAUCCUCCAGCUCCCUCCACUGCCUGGUGAGAGGGAAGCUGCUCUUAAUGACUCUCCUGGUAGAAAGAGUGGUGUCUUCUCUGGGUCCCCGUUUGCUGACACCUUGGAGCCACCAUCCUCUACAAAGGUCACGGAGACCAAAGGAGCCAGCCCAGUCUCCCUCAGAGCAGGCCAACCAAGGUUGGCGCCUGGGGAAACUUUGGAAAAGAGCGUGGGGCCAGAGAGGACCACAGCUCAGCCCCAGCAUCAGUCGCCUCCAGCCUUCCAUUGGGAUCUUCAGUAG